AUAAUCAAAUAAUUGUACAAUUGUAGGGAAAAUGUACAAUGCAUGCCGUAGCAAAUUUAACUAUGGCUUUUGCAGUUCUUGCAACUGUGCAACUCGGACGUUUUGACUUUCCAGCGUGCGAAAUACUAGGUUUUAACAUAUAUUUCUUUUUCCUAUCGGCAUUCGCGUGGCUAAAUGUGACCUGUUUUCAUGUAUGGAGAAAUACAGUACGCCCUACCACACCUUCAAGUCCUAAGUAUCUGUACUGGAUUUCUAUAGCUUAUGGUUAUGGUAUUCCCCUAACAUUCCUUACAGGAGCAAUAAUUUCCCAUACUGUGCCUGGAGAACAUCUUAAACCUGGCAUAGGAACCAACUCAUGCUGGUUGUCAGGUGAAAAGGCAAGCUGGAUCUAUUUUUACAUGCCAAUAACUUUUGUACUGGUCACAAAUAUCAUAAUGUUCUGCUGGACUGGUACAAUACUUUGGAAAACAGUUGGAAGUAAUUUCAGGCAAAGUCACAAGCUGAAGGUUCUCAAAACAAAGUACGUAAUAGGUAAUUUUGUAUUUCCAAAUAGAUACCUACACAUACGUUAGAUUUUAUGUUAAAAAAGGGAACCUUUUUUCUUAUUCUAUCGUGAUAAUUGUUUAAAU